AGUACCCAGGUCCCGUGAUACUGCCAUUUUUUUAUUCCUUUCAACCUUUCGUCGCAAUCGGAAUCGUUGGGGUGAACUAGCCGUUCCUGAUUUCUGUUUUUCGUUUGUUCUCACGUCAGUCAGAACCUUGUGACCCGCUUUUCCCGUCUAAUGAAGUACCAAACAGGAUUUUUUUUUCGAAGGGGGCUCGAGCAGCACAACAAGAUAUACAGUAGAAAAGCACUCGCCAUUCGCAUAUCGCAAUAGUCAUCAAGUCAGAGAAAGAGAAACAUAACCACAAUGGGUGAAGACGAGGAGCUGCUCGGGAAAAAGCCCAAAAAAGAGCGACCCCCGUACCUGGGACCGUUGAAGGAGGCGUUAGCGACCAAGACGCGCGUCCUGUAUCAAGGUCGACACCGGGACAUUGCUGACCUGCGGCGACAGUACAUCGAGAAGAAGUCAGCAACGGGCGCAGCGAGUGGCGGAAAGGGCGCCAACUUCAAGGACAAGAAGACAGGGCAGUAUGUCAGGUUUACGGUAGAUCAGCUCCUCGGGCUUCGCGAUGUGUACAACCGCGUACUGCGAAAAUCCGACUACGGCAAACUAGGUGCGCUGUUGAUUUUUUUUUGUCUCAUUGCUAAGGAUAAGGAUUCACAUUCAGUUCACUUCCUUCGACCCACUCAUAUAUAAUUUCCGAAACGUACACGGUCGGCAUGACUGGCAAGGAAGAGCAUGCGAGAGAUUUAUUAAAGCAAAAAUGUGUAUAACAAAACGUUCCCUUUCCACCCAGAAACGCCGGCGGAGCUUGGGCGAUUUAUGAUGGUGCUGGAGAAGGCCGGGUCUAUGAAUCCGUUUUUUCGAGAUCUGUAUACGACCACGUCGCCGCGACUUUCGGUCAACUUGUCUAGCACGGUGAAAAACUUUCAAGAAAUCGUCUGCUUCCUGCUUCCGAUGCGCGAACCGGAGGAAGUGUCGGUAAGUUCUUAAGACUUCUUCUUCAGUACGUCCAAACGUCGCCUAGGUCGGUCCACAGCUCGUUGCUGGCACCAUCGGCUGUAGUUGAGGUAAUAGAAGAACGACGCAAAGCAAAAAUUAGUUUUCCAUAAUAUUCGUUCUACCUUUGCAGGACCUGAUAACGCACAUGCUGAACGUGGAGAAGAGGCGGAAACAGGGCGACGGCAGCAACAAGACUGAAGAAGAAAUCGCGCAGGAAGAAAAGAAGAAUGCCAUGAAAGCGCGACUCCGUGGCGCGGCGCGCAAUAAGGCAAUGGUGCUGUCGAAAGUAGACGAGCUCUACGUGCGCGAGGACGAGGGCAUCGUAAAACAGAGGAUCACACUGGAAAAGAGGUACAACAAAGAUUUUCGCAUACAGUUUCUUGACAGUGUUUGUGGUGAAUACUUUCAUUUUGGAAAAUGAAAAUAGAAGCAACGUCUGUCGAGAGUUUUUCACCCUUGAAGUGGAUGCACUCUCUCCUCGAGAUGAGAAUUUCAAUUCACCAGGUUGGAGCUGGAGCGGCUGUUCACGCUCUGUAGUCAGGACGGCAAGCGAGUCUUCGAGGAGGAUUGGAUGGAUUAUUUUGACGACACACUGAACGACGCGGGCGCACUGAAGCAACUGUUCGCGAAGCACGCGGUGCACUCGGAUCUGUCGCAGAAAGGCAAGAAGUUCCUCAAGUUCGAGGAGUUCGCACGGAUUCUGCUGCCGCUCACCUUCCAGCUGUGUGACCGCCCGGCGCCCGGGAAAUCCCACCUGACCGAGGAGGAGCUCUGGAAAAAGUUUCACAGCAACGCGGUGGUCGAUGAGAAGAGCACAGUGUGGGCCGACGUCCAGACCGAUAUCAAGCGGAUGCAAGACGUGUCGGAGGAGGACGACGAGAAGACCCGCCUCCUCAAAAUUGCCAGCAAGGCGCUAGAAAAGUACAAGAUCGAGGAUCCCGUCGACGUGUACAAAUUCGGGGACUUUGACCAAAAGAAAAAGGGCGGAAAAAAGUAGGAAUUGGAUCGCCGAACUUGGUGGAUCUCGGUCCCGCUCAAUGCAGCUUACUUUUUUUCAACGCGUCUUGGGUCUCUCCAUCCGGCUUUUUUGAAUUCAGCAGUCACUUUUGACGUUUACAACAGAGAAUAUUUUUUUUCGGCUUCGAUUUUAUUUUAAACUCAUACGGUAAAUAUGCAUCGCAACAUGUAUAAACGACGCAACUGUAAACAAUUUUUUGGUUGAUGGUACAUUAUGUACAAUAUUGUUUGGAAAGUUUCAUGCAUUUCAUUCGGGCUACAGAUCCUGUUCGCUGCUGCAAAGGCAUCUGCAAAAUGAAUGUCUUCAAUCUACUCCAUUGAAUUUGCUGUACACUAAAUCUGAAGCGCAGGAACUACGAGACGACAUGGCUAGGGCAGUUUGCCACAAUUGUUGGGCGGUUUCUUGCUUGCCCGUGGGUCUCGGGUGUGGUUGUCCGUGACGUGUCGUAGAGCUGUAUGCUGCAUGCUUCGUCGUGCUGAUCGUUUUCUCUCCAAGGAGGGCAACUUAGCUGAUUUCCAAAAUCGUCAUGAGCGAUCGAGGGUUUUCUGAUUUCGUUGUCGUGCCAACUUUUGAUGAGCGGUUUUAGAGGAUACAGCUUCGUUCAGUUCCGCACUGGCUGGCCAUUUCGUCAAAAACGUGGCUGCAAUGGCG